CGUCUGCUGACGUAAACAACGUCAAGAUGUCUGCACGACAGGCUUAUGGCUUAGCCUGAAACAUAACUGUUUAGUUUUCUUUUUUUGGUUUGCUUUUGCUUUUGUUUCGUUUGGAGACUCGGACGUUGUCUUAAAUGGGGACCGGAAGCCUACCAUGAAACUCCGGGUGCAGAAUGACAGGAGUGAUUCCAGAAGAGCACUGAAACUGAGGGAGUCUCCGACUGUAAUGCAGCCUAAUUCAGAUGAGCUGGGCGCUCACGCAGCAAAUGGUCUAUCCCUAACUCUGCAACCAGAACUUACCAGAACGCCAGUCCCUGCUGCUGCUGCUGCCGCCGUCAACCCCGAAAGCAAUGAGGUGCGGGUAAACAUGACCAGCAAGCCCGGGGAGUCCAGUGGAGGCGCCUCAUCCAGGAGGUCCAGAGUCAACUCCCACAGCCACUCCCAUUCUCAGCCACACAUGCACAGUCGGGCGCAGCACCACUCGAACUCAGAGCCUGAGCUGGACCCGCCUGACUCUGAUCUGGACUCUGGGGAACCCAGCACCUCCUUGUCUGAGCUCCGCUGUCUCUUCCGCUGGCUCCAAAAGAGUCUUCCCUUCCUCAUCAUACUGUGUGCUAAACUGGUCAUCCAACAUGCUCUUGGUCUGGCAGUUGGUGUUGGCCUCUUCACAACUUUUCUAUAUGUGAAUAAAAACAUACAGAUUCAAGUCUUUCUUCAGGAUCGUCACUCAAAGCUGCAGUGUGUGUGGCUGCUUCUGUUCCUGAUCUCUUCCACCCUCCUGCUUUACUACACCUUCCUCACUGAGACACUUCAUUAUUGUCUCAUCUUCCUCAGCCCAACCAUUGAGCCGCUGGGUUUCUGGGAGGUUCUAUGGGCAGUCGGCAUCACCAACUUCAUCAUAAAGUUUCUCUUUAUGGGGAUUAAGUGCCUUAUUCUGCUGCUGCCAUCUUCACUGGUGACCUACAGAACCCAGGGCCGGUGGGUGAUGCUGACUGAGGAGCUGGGUCAGGUCCACCAGGCCACGGCUCCUGUUCCACUGUGGUUCCGCUACCUGGUCACGUACCAGGAGGUUGACGGCACCCCUGGACUCACACUGGGGGUACUGCUGGCUUUGCUCUACCUCAUACUGAAGCUUUUAGGAUUGUACGGACAGUGGACAUCUUUGCUGAAAACUGUGAGGAUAUUUCUAAAGGGCGAGCACACAGGCACAGCGGCCACUAGGAGUCAGUGCAGCGAGGCUGGAGACGUCUGUCCCAUCUGUCAGGGAGAGUACAGGGAGCCUCGGGUUCUGCUCUGUCAGCACAUAUUCUGUGACGAAUGCAUCGCUCUGUGGUUUAACCGGGAGAAGAGCUGCCCUCUCUGUCGCACCGUGAUCACAGAGAAGGUUUACAAAUGGAGGGACGGAGCCACAUCUCCUCACCUGCAGAUUUACUGACUCAUGAGGUAUAGGUGGAGGGCUUUUGGGGUGUGGGACGUCGGUAUUAGCUUGUAUUUAAUGUGAUUUUUUCCUGAGGCUGUCAAACCCCACUGACAAGUAAUGUUGUACACUGUUUGGUUAAUGAGCUAAGGGCUGUGGCCCUCUGAGGGCCAGGGUCAGUAAGGACAGACGACUUGCACCUACAGUAGACAUGUUUCUGGCUUAUUUCCCAGAACUUGUCACUUUAACAGACAAUGGACAGUUGAUUAUUUUCAUGCCCCAAAGUGAUUUUUCUUUUCUAUUUUAAGUUGAUCCCUCUUGUGUUGUGUUGCUUUUAUUCACCUUUUAAUAUAAAAACUUUCCUCACGUGGCAACAAAUUGUUUUACUUCCACAAUUUCUCCUACUUGUAAAUAUGGGAACAUCAGAGAGAUAUAUAUUAAAAAAAAAGUAUUUUAAACAGAAUUUUUCCUCUGCCAUAUGUUUGAACAAACAUGCAACACAUGCACCCUCUCUUAUCCAGUGUUUCUAAAUUUGUUGAAGCGACUUUUGAUUUUUAACAGUAAACGUGUAGAGGGAAGCAGCUGCAAACCUCGGCUCAGGAGUGCUUGCUGAAUUCUGCUUUAGCUGUGUGGUUGAGCUUAGGAAGCACAGUUCACAGUAACAUCACAUGGUGCAGUAAUGACCAGACUUUUGCCACUGAAGGCACUGAAAGAUGAACAUGGCAGGCUGAAGAGUAACUUUCUGUGAUGAGUCAACAGUCUGCCUUGUGCUUUCAGCUUCUGGUGACUAUUUUAUUUCCAUGUCUGAUACAAAAGGAUGCAACUGAGCUUGACAGACAGAUUUACACAUAAAUUAUUUUUCUACAAAGGUGACAUAGCCUCGUUUUUGUAAAAACCAAAGACUGGGAGAGAAACAUCUAUUUUAUUAUGUACAAAAAUCAUUUCACUGUGUUGUUAUUUUUAUCCAUUUAGAUGCAUAAACUAUCUGAAUAAAGAUCUACAAUUUUAA